AUGGCAUUUCGCUUGUUUGUCCUGGCGGCCCUCGCCUGCUCGGUGACCGCCACCGUGUACUUCAAAGAAGACUUUGCCGAUGAUGGCUGGCAGUCACGCUGGGUCCAGUCGAAGCACUCUGGCAAGGAACUUGGAGAAUUUGUCUGGACGGCUGGCAAGUUCUACGGUGAUGCCGAAAAGGACAAGGGUAUUCAGACUUCCCAGGAUGCUCGCUUCUACGCACUUUCCUCCAAGUUUGCUGACAACGCCUUGGCUAACAAGGACAAGGACUUGAUUGUUCAGUUUUCGGUGAAGCACGAGCAAAACAUCGAUUGCGGUGGUGGAUACGUGAAGGUCUUUGGCUGUGAUCUUGAUCAGGCUGAUCUGCACGGUGACACGCCAUACAAGAUCAUGUUCGGACCUGACAUUUGCGGCCCUGGCACCAAGAAGGUGCACGUCAUCUUUAACUACAAGGGCAAAAAUCUGCUGAUCAACAAGGAGAUUCGCUGCAAGGAUGACGUCUACACUCACGUCUACCGACUGGUUGUCAAGCCUGACAACACGUACAAGGUCCUCAUUGACGGCGAAGUUGUUGAGAAGGGCGACCUCGAGGCCGACUGGUCAUUCCUCCCGCCAAAGACCAUCAAAGAUCCUGAGGCAAAGAAGCCCGAGGACUGGGACGACAAGCCCAAGAUUGACGACCCCGAGGACACCAAGCCCGAGGACUGGGAACAGCCCGAGUUUAUUCCUGAUCCUGACGCCACCAAGCCUGAGGACUGGGACGAUGAGAUGGACGGCGAGUGGGAGCCACCCCAGAUCAACAACCCUGCCUACAAGGGCGAGUGGAAGCCGAAGCAGAUCGACAACCCCAACUACAAGGGCCCAUGGGUGCACCCGGAGAUUGACAACCCUGACUACAAGCCUGACGCUGCUCUCUACGACCAGGGUGAGGUGUGCGCCGUUGGCUUUGAUCUCUGGCAAGUGAAGGCCGGCACCAUCUUCGACAAUGUCCUCGUCACUGACAGCGAGCAGGAGGCUGAUGAUGCCGUCGAGGAUCUGCUGAAGAACCGCGUCGCCGCGGAAAAGAAAAUGAAGGAGGAGCAGGACGCUGAGGAGGAGAAGAACCGCAAGGCCGAGGAGGAGGCGAAGAAGGCCGAAGAGGGCGACAAGGACGCCGAGAAGGAAGAUGAGGAGAAGGACGAUGACGAGGCUGAGGAGAAGCCAGUCGAGCACACCGAACUGUAG